UUGGGAUUGCGUCUCCUAUCCAAGAUGCAAAGCUUUCAUAGUCCUUCACGACGAUACAGUUGUGAACUCAUAACUUUCAACACUGGGAAACAGGCACUCUUGUACAAUGGUUAUCUCUACUACCGUCAUUACAAAGCGCGCACUAUGGUUCGCUGGUCAUGCACUACUACUAAGUGCAGAGCUUACCUUUACGUUAGCGAAGAUUUGAAGAUUCAACGUGUAUUUCACGAACACUUCCACGGCCCAAGGAAGUUACAUAAAACAUCUAAUGGUCUAUAUUUCAAAAUUUAG